GAUCCUUUGUUCUCGAUCAAGAUGCCUCAACUGGAUAAAUUCACUUAUUUCACACAAUUCUUCUGGUCAUGCCUUUUCCUUUUAACUUUCUAUAUUGCCAUAUGCAAUGAUGGAGAUGGACUACUUGGGAUCAGCAGAAUUCUAAAACUACGUAACCAACUGCUUUCACACCGUACGAACAACAUCCGGAGCAAGGACCCCAACAGUUUGGAAGAUAUCUUGAGAAAAGGUUUUAGCACCUGUCUAUCCUAUAUGUACUCCAGUUUAUCCGAAGUCUCCCAAUGGUGUAAGGCUGUCGACUUAUUGGGAAAAAGGAGGAAGAUCACUUUGAUCUCUUGUUUCGGAGAAAUCAGUGGCUCACGAGGUCAUGGAAUGUCUCAUUUUUUGGUAAAAAUCUCCGCAAUCUUCCUUUUGAUAGCUCUUGUUUCCUAUACAGGAAGCGAGAGUUACGUUUUUAUGGAUGAAUUGGCAGAAGCCGUUUCACAGUUUCUUCCCGUUCCCGGAGAAGGCCUUUUAGGUCACCCCGGGAGUCCUACCCCCCCACCUGGAAAUUCAGGUGUGGAAUUCCUUCCGGGUUCUCUCCCACAAAACGUAGAGACUGGGCACCAAGAAAGAAGGAGCCUUUUAACUUUAUUAAAGAAACAUCUGCAAAGAUACUGCGCUGACCAAAAGGUCGCACAGAAAUUUCCUGACCUCUAAUUUCAGGAAAUUGAUAUAUCUGCGGAACGCUUAGCCAUCGAAGAAUUGGAAAUAAAUGGAAAGCCUGUCGUGGAAGUCGCAGAGCUUACCCGGUAUCUCAAACCGUUUCAACGAUCAAAAUCGUUUUUUAAUUCCUUUUUCAAUCGAUUUUUUGAUCAAAGUUGACGGAUAAGUCAGAAUCAGAAUAGGUCCCCAGGGGACAAAUCAAUAGGAAAUGUAAUUUGCUUCGUAAGAAUCAGAAUUCACUUCUAUGAAAGACUUUCACGGGAAUUGUCUUGAUCGUCGGAUAUCAUU